CUAGCUUUCUUACUAUUUGGCACUAUCUAUGAGUUGAUAUUCGCUUGAUCUACAGUAAGCUUCUUGUGUUCCUGAAUCAGUCCACAAUUUUAGCGAAUGAUCGUAAAACUCCUGAAAAAUAAUGAAGACAUAUAUAACUCCUCACUACCAUUUAUUCAAGUUCAAAAUCGAUCAUCGAUUACAGUCAGUCCACAAUUUGAGCGAAUGAUCGUAAAACUCCUGAAAAAUUAUGAAGACAUAUAUAACUCCUCACUACCAUUUAUUCAAGUUCAAAAUCGAUCAUCGAUUACAGUCAGUCCACAAUUUGAGCGAAUGAUCGUAAAACUCCUGAAAAAUAAUGAAGACAUAUAUAACUCCUCACUACCAUUUAUUCAAGAUCAAAAUCGAUCAUCGAUUCCAGUCAGUCGACAAUUUCUGCGAAUGAUCGUAAAACUCCUGAAAAAUAAUGAAGACAUAUAUAACUUCUCACUACCAUUUAUUCUUGAUCAAAAUCGAUCAUCGAUUACAGUCAGUCCACAAUUUGAGCGAAUGAUCGUAAAACUCCUGAAAAAUAAUGAAGACAUAUAUAACUCCUCACUACCAUUUAUUCAAGUUCAAAAUCGAUCAUCGAUUACAGUCAGUCCACAAUUUGAGCGAAUGAUCGUAAAACUCCUGAAAAAUAAUGAAGACAUAUAUAACUUCUCACUACCAUUUAUUCUUGAUCAAAAUCGAUCAUCGAUUACAGUCAGUCCACA